CUCCACCACACCACACCACACCGGCCGGCUCACACGCGCCGCAAAGCAGAGCACGGGGGGCUGAGACCAGAGCAGAGCGGAGCGCCACCAGCCAAUCCUUUGCCUGCCCAAGCAGCAGCAGCAGCUGGCCCGAUGGCUCUGUCUCUCUCCGGCACCUCCGCCCGCUUCGCCCUCGCGUCGCUGGUCCCCCGGGCCAGGGCCUACGCGGCGUCGGCGGCGUCCGGGGCCAUGAGGCGCGCGGCGGAGGGCGCGGCCGCGGGCGAGGCCAAGGAGGCCGGGCGCGCCGCCGCCGCCGCCGCCGAGGGCUCGUGGGUGCCCGACCCCGUCACGGGCCACUACCGCCCCGCCAACUGGGCCGCCGCCGUCGACCCCGCCGACCUCCGCGCCGCGCACCUCGCCCGCACCUACGCCCGGGCCUGAGCGGCCCCGGCUCCCUUCACCCUGCUCCGCCUCGUCUCGUAUGACAUACGCGCACCGUACCAGGGUGAGACGAGGUGGGGGCUGGGGGUUCGUGUGGCGAACGGCGUGUUGAGCCACGCGCGCGUGCGGCCGCGCUCUGCGACGCCCGGAACGUUCUUGGGAGAGCGCGAGCGAGGUCUUCUGUCUUCUCGGUGCGGGUCGCUGUGCCAUGAGAUGUGACGCUGGGUCGUUUUGGGUCCGACCAACGGGAGAAGAGCGGCCUGUGGUCGGUGGUCGCCGCCGUGUGUGGGCUGGAUGGCCUGCUCUCUUGUGCUCCUCCUAUAUAUCAGAUGUACUUCCUCCGAGGAGCAGGGUUUCGCCCUUUCGCUACCUUUUCGUACUCGCUAGUCGCUACAGCUACAGCUAGUACGUACUAUACUAUACUAAUAAAAGCUA